AUGACGACGCCAGCCGAAGACGAUGCUGCCAAGGCGAAGCGCCUCGCGCGCUGCCGCGUCAACCAGAAGCGGUACCGCAUCAAUAAGAAGCACUCGCACGCCAAUCUCGAGAAGGAGGUGCCAGAGCUCGCCAAGAAAGUCGCUCGCCUCGAGGGCCAGCUCGACGUGCUUCGCGCCGCCGUGCGCCUGAGCCAGCCCGAGGUGCACGUUGCCGCUGAGUACUUUCGCAUCUUCCGCUACAGCCAGUCGCGCAACGCGCAGCAGCAAUUUGAGUUUCUCAACGCGACCAUGGACCCGGGCGUCAACUUUAUGGGCCAGAUUGGUAUCCAAAAGCUCCUCGACCAGUGGACGCUGUACCACACGCUCUUUCACUCGUUUGAAAUGACGUGCACGCAAAUGACGACGAUGACACUCGAGCACAACCGCGUCGUACGGGCGCCCGCCAACAUGGAUCUGCGCAUCUCGCGGACGACGCUCCAGGCGCUGUACCCGCACGUGCUAAGCAACGAGCGGCUCGUGCAAAAGCUCAUCGGCCAAGUGCUGCGCAUGUCGGUGCUGAUCCUCUUGCAUUAUGACGAAGACGGCCGGGUCAUCAUUUUCGACACCUCCGCUGACAUGACGGUGGGCUGGGCCAACCUGCUCGAGAGCGUCGAGGACACGCUCGUCGUGCUGGACGGUGCCCGCAUCAAGCACAACGCCGAGCUUCAAGUCGAAAAAACCAUCACCAGCAGCUAG